UGUUGGCUUCCAGCUUAGCAGUGAAAUUAAACUUUCUGCAAGUGUGUUCUAGGAAAGAAAGGCGCUUGGAGUUUAGAAGGGAUUGUUAUAAAGGCAGGAAGUCGAUCUUCACUUGUUCUAUAUUUUUUUGCUCCGUAUGCUCUCUUUCACAUCUCUUAGUGAAAGCAUCCGCUUCUUCCUGUUCUCCUGCUGAAAUUAGACUCGAAGCUGUUUGAUCUCGUCGCCAUCCAGAUUGUGAACGAGGUUGGUUAAGUGGAAAUAUGAAGAUCUGCUGCAUCGGAGCAGGCUAUGUGGGCGGCCCGACAAUGGCAGUAAUUGCCCUCAAAUGUCCAUCCGUGGAGGUAGCGGUCGUGGACAUCUCUGUAAAGCGUAUUGCUGCAUGGAAUAGUAACCGACUGCCAAUUUAUGAGCCAGGGCUCUAUGACAUUGUCGCCCAGUGCCGAGGAAGGAACCUUUCAUUUAGCACUGAUGUGGAGAAACAUGUCUCUGAAGCUGAUAUAGUCUUCAUCUCAGUGAACACACCAACGAAAACCUUCGGCCUCGGGGCUGGCAAGGCUGCAGACUUGACCUACUGGGAAAGUGCUGCUCGCACAAUUGCUGAUGUUUCCACGUCCGACAAGAUUGUGGUGGAAAAGUCCACUGUUCCUGUGAGGACUGGGGAAUCUCUCAAGAAGAUUCUUACUCAUAACAGCAAAGGAAUCAACUACCAGAUCCUCUCGAACCCAGAAUUUCUGGCAGAGGGAACAGCGGUCCAAGAUCUACUGAGGCCUGACCGGGUGCUUAUUGGUGGCUUGGAGACUCCAGAGGGGAAGAAGGCUGCCCAAGUGCUGAAGGAUGUUUAUGCUCAUUGGGUGCCUGAGGAUAGAAUCAUAACGAUCAAUCUUUGGUCCGCAGAACUAUCAAAGCUCGUGGCAAAUGCCUACUUGGCUCAGAGGAUCUCCUCGAUAAAUAGUAUCUCAGCACUCUGUGAGGCUACUGGAGCUGAUGUUUCUGAGGUGGCCCGUGCUGUCGGCAAGGAUUCAAGGGUUGGACCUAUGUAUUUGAAUGCAAGUUUUGGUUUUGGAGGGUCAGCAUUCAUCAAAGACAUCCUCAGUCUGGUCUAUAUCUGCAAGUGCAAUGGUCUAACUGAUGUUGCUGAGUACUGGAAACAGGUGCUUAAGAUCAAUGAUUUCCAAAAAAGCCGUUUUGUCAAGCGGGUCAUUUCCUCUAUGUUCAAUACGGUCGUGGGGAAGAAAAUUGCUGUGCUUGGGUUUGCAUUCAAAAAGGACACAGGCGAUACGAGAGACACACCUGUAAUUGAUGUCUGCAAGGGGUUGUUGGACGACAAGGCCACCCUGAGCAUAUAUGAUCCCCAGGUGAGCGAAGAGCAACUCAUAUAUGACCUCACAAUGCAGAAACUCGAUUGGGAUCGCUCGAGCUCAAAUCAGCUGCUGAUCUUGAGCCCAACAGAAAUGAAGCAAGUGCAUACAGCGAGAAACGCGUAUGAGGCAGCUGAGGGGGCACAUGGUGUUUGCAUCUUGAACGAUUGGGAUGAGUUCAGGGAAUUGGACUACCGAAAGAUAUAUGAAGCGAUGUGCAAACCAGCUUUCAUCUUCGAUGGGCGCAAUGUUGUUGAUCCAGAAAAGCUCAGGGCGAUAGGAUUCAUUGUGUACUCCAUCGGGAAGCCUCUGGAUGCAUGGGUAAAGAGUAUAGCUGUUGCAGUGUAAUGUGGUAAAGCAAACUGACAAUUCUUUGUAGCUUUACUGUUUAUAUUACAAACUCCUCUGAUUAACUGCUUCAGACAGUAUAUCUCAACUUACAGUCUUGUAAUUUUUGAAGCACUUGUAUGUUCAUUUCUCUCUUCGAUUUUGUUCCUUAUCUGAGGCAUGGUAGAUCCUCAGUUUUUUGUCAAUGAAAUAUCCUUCCUUCAAACACGAUUUGAGGUGGACGUCAACAGAAAUGUAUGAUUCAACUAAGA